AGGCCAAAGAGUUUUUGCUGCUCUCAGUCUGACACAUCUACUUCUGAGGAGAAACUAUCUGACAGACAUUAUGAACAAGCUACUGGCUAUCACAGUGCUCACUGCUUUGCUGGCUCUCAGUGCGGAGAGCUUCCGGGUGCCCAGAGACGCCGAGGAAAAGGGAACCUUUGCCAAUGUGAUGGACACCCUAAAGAGUUACUAUGACAAGAGUGUUGACACUGCCAACAGUUAUGUUGAAACCGUCAAGGGUUAUAAGAUAGAAGAGAAAGCUAAGAACGUAUACGACGAGACGGUUCGCGCUGUCACCACCUACUCGGGCAUCUUCGGUGACCAACUGUACCACAUGCUCUACUCCCAAGACAGCGCUUAAGUGCACUCUUAUGUUGUAACAUGUAGCAGAAUACCUCACUAGAACUUUUCAAUCUCUUUCUGGUCCCGAGUCACUACGUUGGAACCAAGAAUACAUUAAUCCUCCACGAAGACAGCGCAGUCUACGGUGAAGAUAUAACUGUUAUAUCCCAAAGGUUGUCUGUCAACUAAAAAGCAAUAUAUUGCAAAGGCACAUUACCAUUCAAGCUGUUUUUGGAUGGAGAUUGUAGACCCUACUGCUGCUUACUGUUGUCUAUCUGGUGCCCUCUAUUGGGCGUCUAGGUUAAAACAGAAUCAUUGACUGUUUCACUGUAGUUAUCUGUAUAAAUUAAAGAAACGUAUGUAUUAUAUCUACUUUAACAGGUUCUGCGCCCCUGGUUAAUAACACAUUAAAAGAAAACUCCACAUUUGUACAUAUUUAUGUAACUUUAUUUU